GCCUCAAGACCGCCCACCUUUCCGUCCCCAAUCCAUUUGAAACCGCGCCGCGUCGGCGUGAAUCGUCGGCGGCGGCGAUGGAGGUGGGCGACCUGCACAAGGUCUGGGAUGUCCGGGAACUCAAGAGGAAGCCCGACGCGGCCGCCGCCCGCGCGCUCCUCGACCGCGUCGCCAAGCAGGUCCAGCCCAUCAUGCGCCGCCACAAGUGGCGGGUCAAGGUCCUCUCCGAGUUCUCGCCACGGAACGCCAGGCUGCUGGGGCUCAACGUCGGCGCGGGCGUUGAGGUCAAGCUGCGCCUGCGGCGCGCCGGCCGCGACUACGAUUUCAUCCCCUACGAGGAGGUGCUCGACACCAUGCUCCAUGAGCUCUGCCACAACGACCGCGGGCCCCACGACGCGCAGUUCUACAAGCUCUGGGACGAACUCCGCAAGGAAUGCGAGGAACUUGUUUCGAAGGGUAUCACUGGAACAGGACAAGGGUUUGAUGGUACGGGAAGGCGGGUGGGUGGAUUUACAAUACAUCCGCCACCACCAUCUCUCCGACAAGCUACAUUGGUUGCUGCACAGAAGCGAGCAAGGAAUGGAGCUCUAUUGCCUUCUGGACCAAGAAAGUUGGGUGGAAACAACGAUAUUAUGAGUGCGCUUAGUCCAGCGCAAGCUGCUGCAAUGGCAGCUGAAUGGAGAAUGCAUGAUGAUUUGUGGUGUGGAUCCCACAAUCAAUCUGGUAUUGAUGAUUCGGAUGACGUUAUUAUUCUUGAGGAACCACCUAAUAACAUGACAAUAAAGGAUGGAAAAACCACAAAGGGUAGCUGUUCCAACACUUCUGCAGAGUCCAGCACUUCGUCUGGAAUUCACACAGCAGCACGAGAUGGUCCCUCAUCUUUUUGGACAACAGGUGAUGCAGUUGAUGAUUCAAAGUGGGAAUGUGGUGCUUGCACUCUUCUAAAUCAGCCUUUGGCACCAAUCUGUGAAGUUUGUGGCACUGCAAAACCUAAAAUUGCAAAGGCGAAGUACAUGACUUGGUCUUGUAAAUUUUGUACUCUAGAAAACAGCACUAAGCUUGACAAAUGCUCGGCGUGCGACCAUUGGAGAUACUCAUAUGGGCCACCUAUAGCCACUUAUGGCCCAAGCUAUGAUUGAGAAUUGAGAUAACAUUGAAGGCUACAAUUGUACAGUUACAGCACAGUACUGUGCCAGGUCUUUAACAAUCUUUCAAUUUUCUUUGUGAUGACACUUCAGAGCAGGCAUCUGCUGCAUUGUUGAUUCAAGUUGACUUAUCAGAAGCAGUUCUCGCUAUAUUACCACUAAUGUCAUAUCAGGUUUCAAGUUGCCAGAGAAAUCUGAUACCUGUUAAACUUACCUAAGCCAUCUUUUUUGUUGCUCUUGCUUGUAGCAAUGAGUGGAUCGGUAAAAAGAAACAAUCUUACUCCUUGGCUGUUAACGUUAGCCCCAAGCCCGGGGCAUAGUUCGUCUGAACCUGCAUGCCCAAUGCCCAUCCAUGUCUCGUUGGCAGGUAACAACUCUGCUCCUUGGACGUGGUAUGAUUAGUUGGUCCUGCUGUGUCUGUUCUGAUGUCGUAUACUCAUGUUGCCGUUUGAGUAUGGGGGAGGAACUUAGUGCAUUAAUGUAAGGGUUAAUACCAUGCAUCCGCAAUGCUCUGAAAAAAAGGUUGCCUGCUCA